CAGUUUACAGAUUUGUGAAUAUGUUUGGGGACCCAUAGUUUGAACGCCCGAGACCGUACCGUGGGACCAGGGUUGUGUUAGGGGGGCGGUGGAGAGAAAAAUGAUUUCGUCGAGAGCAUGGAAUUUCGGUGUUCUGCUUUAGAUCGAUUAUCUCCGUGAUAUUUUGAUUUCAGUUGCUUGUUAUUGUCACUAAUAUUUUGGACAAGAUCGAAAAAUGGAUCGAAUGAAGAAUUCCAUGCAGCAAGUCCCGAAUCCAAUCCCCAAAGUGCUCAGUCGCCGCACUGGUGGAGCGAACAGUUUGGAAGUUGAAAAGGAGAACUUCGAGCGCAGUCAGGCGGUAAGCAUCAACAAGGCGAUCAACACGCAGGAGGUUGCCGUCAAAGAGAAGCAUGCCAGGACUUGUAUCUUGGGCACUCACCACGAGAAGGGAGCCCACACUUUCUGGGCAGCCGUCAACCGCCUUCCCCUCUCCAGCAACGCGGUGCUGUGCUGGAAAUUCUGCCAUGUCUUCCACAAGCUCUUGAGGGAUGGGCAUCCAAAUGUUAUAAAAGACUCCAUGAGAAACAAAGCUGACCUGAACGACAUGAGCAGGAUGUGGGGUCAUUUGAGUGAAGGCUAUGGGAAGUUAUGCAGCAUCUACCUCAAACUGCUCAUCACCAAAAUGGAGUUUCACAUCAAAAACCCUCGUUUCCCUGGCAACCUUCAGAUGUCAAACAGACAGCUUGAUGAAGCGGGUGAAAACGACGUCAACAACUUCUUCCAGCUAACAGUGGAGAUGUUUGACUACCUGGAGUGCGAGCUGAAUCUCUUCCUUGGUGUGUUUAGCUCGCUGGACAUGUCUCGCUCAGUGUCGGUAACAGCAGCUGGCCAGUGUCGCCUGGCUCCUCUUAUCCAAGUCAUUCUGGACUGCAGUCAUCUCUAUGACUACACCGUCAAACUGCUAUUCAAACUGCACUCAUGCCUUCCGGCAGACACUCUCCAGGGACACAGAGAUCGCUUCCAAGAGCAGUUUAAAAAGCUGAAGAGUCUGUUCUAUCGUUCCAGUAACCUGCAAUACUUUAAGAGACUCAUCCAGAUCCCGCAGCUUCCUGAGAACCCUCCGAACUUCCUCCGCGCGUCAGCGCUGUCAGAGCACAUCAGUCCGGUGGUAGUCAUCCCCGUGGAGUCUUCGUCCCCCGAGAGCGAGCACGUGGUGGAAACGGAGGAUCUGGUCGACACAGACAUCCCAGUCCAGCCGAGUGCCGUGGAAACCAAGUUUGAUGACUUGUUCGGAACCUCUGCAGCCACCGACCCUUUUAAUUUCAACAGUCAAAAUGGCAUGAGAAAGGAUGACAAGGAUCGCCUGAUAGAGCAGCUCACUGCAGAGCUCCAGGCCUUGAAGGAGGAGCUGGAGUCCUUCAGACUGGAGAGUGGGCGCUUGUGCCAGGUACUGAGGGGUCGUGUGAGCGAGCUGGAGGCGGAGCUUGCCGAGCAGAGUCACCUAAAACAGCAGGCAUUAGGCGAGAGCGAGUUCCUGAGGGCGGAGCUAGACGACCUUCGCAGGGUCAAAGAGGACACGGAGAAAGAACAAAGAAGCCUAACAGAGAUUGAAAAGAAAGCCCAGGCUAAUGAACAGCGCUACACUAAGCUGAAGGAGAAGUACACAGAGCUGGUCCAGAGUCACGCUGACUUGCUGAGAAAGAACGCUGAGGUCACCCGGCAGAUGACUGUGGCGCGAGCAGCACAAGAUGAAGUUGAGAGUGUGAAGAGGGAGAUGCAGGAAAAAAUGAGGGUGGCACAGGAGGCAGCCAAUCAGCAGGUGGGACAGCUCCAAGCUCUGCAGGCUGAAGUGGAGAGCAGCAGGACAGAGCUGGAAACGCUAAGAAGCACCAUGGCCUCCUCCCAACAGUCAACCGAGGAGCUCAGCACCCAGCUGUCUGCUUUGGAGACUGAAAAGGCGGAGCUUGUCGAGACGGUGUCUAAGAAGGAGGUGGAGCUUGCACAAUUGGGGGAGGAGCUAGGGCGCAUACAGGAGAGUCUGACAAGCGAGAGGGAGAGUGGCGUGAAAGCCGCAGAGGCCCUACAGAACCAGCUCAAUGAGAAGGAAAGUCGCGAGCAGGCUUUGGAGAGCCAGCUGGUGGCGUUACGCUGGGCGACAGUGCAGGGGGCUUUGGAAGAAGCUCAGAGGAUCAUACAAGACAGCCUGAGUCUUAUGGAUGAACCAGCGCACAUCAGCUGCACCAGCUCAGCAGAUUAUCUUUUGUCCAGGUGCCAGGCUGCGUUAGACUCCGUGGACAGACUGCAGUCAGCGAGAGACGGCUUUGUCUCUGAUAACACAGAAGUCGCUGGACUAGUGCGGGCCGUGACUCAGUUUGCCCACCUGGUGGGCGACACCAUUGUCCAAGGCAGUGCCACCUCCCACAUGGUACCUGUGGAUCAGUCUGACUCACUGACUGAGAGUGUGAAGACCUGUGGUGCGGAGGCCCUGGCAUUUCUAUGCCAACUGAAGGAGCAGGAGUCUGUGGGUACAGCAGAUAGUGCCAAGAUAAGGGCAUCCUUGGAUGGCAUCAUGGGUAUAGCUGAGAAGCUGCGCCCGCGUGGUUUAGAGUUGCAGCAGGGUGAACUGGGAGAUCUGGUGGAGCAGGAGAUGGCUGCCACCUCCGCCGCUGUCGAAUCAGCAGCCGCCAGGAUAGAGGAAAUGCUUAACAAAUCUCGAGCGGUUGACACGGGCGUAAAGAUGGAGGUCAACGAAAGGAUUCUGGCCUCCUGCACAGAGCUCAUGCAGGCCAUCAAAGUGCUGGUGCUGGCAUCCAAAGACCUGCAAAAGGACAUAGUGGAGAGUGGAAGGGGUGCAGCAUCUAUGAAGGAGUUUUAUGCCAAGAACUCACGAUGGACUGAAGGUCUGAUCUCGGCGUCUAAGGCCGUGGGCUGGGGUGCCACGGUGAUGGUGGAUGCGGCUGACCUGGUGGUGCAGGGCAAGGGCAAGUUUGAGGAGCUGAUGGUGUGUUCACAUGAGAUCGCUGCCAGCACUGCCCAGCUGGUGGCAGCAUCAAAGGUAAAAGCAGACAAGGACAGUCCUAACCUGACACGCUUGCAGCAGGCCUCCAGGGGAGUCACUCAGGCCACUGCUGGGGUUGUGGCAUCAACCAAGUCUGGCAAGUCCCAGAUAGAGGACACUGACACUAUGGAUUUCUCCAGUAUGACGCUAACUCAGAUCAAGAGACAGGAGAUGGACUCACAGGUGAUGGUGUUGGAGUUGGAGACGCGACUACAGAAAGAGAGAGAGCGUUUGGGAGAACUAAGGAAGAAGCACUAUGAGCUGGCGGGAGUGGCAGAGGGCUGGGGAGAGGAAGAGGAAGGAACGGGUUGAGGCCUGCCCUCCAUCUGCCUUCCAGCCUAAAGAUUCGGCUUCUCUCUCCUCUCUGAUUCCUACUCACUUAACUGUUUGUACACCCACAACGGUUCUCCCGCUUCCCUUUUUCAUUCUAAUCUUAACUCCUUUUUUUGUCUUAUCAUGAAUUGAAGCCAAAUAAAAAGGUGCUUUU